AUGCAGGAUUUGAAGCACAUUAAACUUUAUAAUUGUAUAUAGUAUAGAUCAUCUGAAAAUGGUGGUCCUAGAUUAAAAGAGAAAAUAAAAGCAGAAAAUAAAUACAAAAAUUUGUAUUUUUAUUAUUUUGGAGUAAUAUCAUUAGGGAAAAAUUCAAUAAAUUUACAGAGGCAAUUAGUAAUUGAUUUUUUGAAAUAAUUAACACUUUGGGAUUCUCUAUUAAAAGAUCAAUUUCAAGAAGUUUUUGAUUUGAAAAGCCAAUAGAAUUUUAAAGUACUAAAAAAGUUAGAUUUGACUUAUGUUGUCAAAUAUGGAAAUUUCUUGAAACAAUAGGAGAAGAUUAUUGAAAAUUUGAUGAAAAUGGUAUUUAGCUAAAUUAAAAUGCAGAUGCUUGGUCACUUCUACUUAUGA